UAGCUAUCCUGCUAAUGGUUUAUGGCUACCAGGUGUGUUUCGAUCCAACAUCAGAAAAACUGGUGCCAAUCAGUAUGAGGAGAGGAAUCACAGCUAAUCCAGGCUCUAAUCACAUUUGUGUAAAUUGUGGAAAAUCUUACAAAUGGAAACACCAUCUGUCAAGGCACCUUAAAUUUGAAUGUAAUAGAAAUCCUCGAUUUUUCUGCCCAUUUUGCCCCUUUGGUAGUAAAAGAAGGUCAAACGUUUAUUUGCAUAUAAAGAACAGGCACAAAGGACAGAAAAUUUAUGCCGUUGAAAUGGAACCUGAAAGUUAGCCUAACAGUACUUCUAAUUUUUUAAAAUUAUUAUAUAAUUAGGCUUAUUUACUGAAUGUCGUCAAUUCAGUAAUAAAUGGACCCUUAAACAAUAUCGAGUUAUUUAAUUAUUAUAAAAAAAACAUUUCAGUCUUGAAAUGUUGUCACAGGUUUAUACUGCCCAACAGUAUAAGCCUGUUGUAUUAUUAUUAUUAUUAUU